CUGCGUGACGUCACUGCCUGCGCCAGACGCUGCGCUGCCGCUUCCGAUCGGCGGCGCGAGCGGGAUGAGCCGUGUGGGGACUGGGGUCGUGAGUGACCGCGGGGUCCAGGGCACCGGCGGCAGCAGUGCCAUCAGCAAGUGCUCAGCGGCAGCACGGGGCUACAUCCAGGACCGGUUCCUGCGGCUCUUGGCAGGGCGGCAGCGCCGGCGGGCACCGCUUAUCCACCGGGGUUAUUACGUCCGUGCCCGUGCUGUAGAUCACUGUGUCCAGGACUUCCUGCUGAAGACACAAAGCCACCCUAGGACACAGGUCCUGUCUCUGGGUGCUGGCUUUGACUCCUUAUACUUCCGUUUGAAGGACGUGGGUCUUCUGCAUCACACUGUGGUGUAUGAGGUGGAUUUUCCAAACGUGAUGUGCCAAAAAGCUACUCUGAUCAAAAGAAUGGAAGAGUUGUCAGCACUGGUGGGAGACACUGCAGGGGAAGGAUUAGGAGCCAUUACCUUUUCUGGAGAGGAUUAUAAAUUACUGGGAGUGGAUUUGUCAGAGCUGUCUGAGCUGGGGAGAGCCCUGGAGGAAGCAGGACUGGACAAUGAAAUCCCCACCCUCUUCAUUGCAGAGGUGGUGCUCACCUACAUGGAGAACAGCAGGUCAGAUGCCUUGAUUCAGUGGGCAGCAGAGCGUUUCCCUCAGGCCUGCUUCCUGCUGUACGAGCAGGUGCACCCCGGGGACCCCUUUGGCCGUGUCAUGCAGCAGCAUUUCAGCCAGCUGGGCUGUGCACUCCGCUCCCUGGCACAGUACCCCGACUGCGAGGCACAGCAGAGGCGCUUUCUGGGGAGGGGCUGGACUGAGUGCAGUGUCAUGGAUAUGAAUGAGUUUUUCACCUGUUGUAUUCCAGAAGACGAACAGCAAAGAGUGCAGGCUCUGGAGCCUUUUGAUGAGUAUGAGGAAUGGCAUCUGAAAUGUUCUCAUUACUUUGUGUUGACUGCAUCAAAGGGGAUGGAACCUUCCUGGACUCCAUUGUUACCCAGUGUGACAGUUCCUCAUCGUGCUGCUCCUGUUGGAAUGGCUGGGAGUGUCCCUGCAGCAGUGUGUGCAAGGCUCUCAGGAAUUCCUGGCCUGAGACGUUACGGUCACCGCUCUGUUCUUAUAAAAGCCGAUGUGAUUCUCACCACUGGAGGCUUUGGGGAGGAGGAUGGACAACACUGUCGCCUGAGAAAUUUCCAUGUGCUGAGUAAGCAUGCAGGCUGCUGGAAAGCUGGCUGUGUGACAAAGAAACAGCCUGAUAAAAGAUGGGGCGAGCGGUUGUACCAUACUGUGUCCUGUCUCUCAGACAGUCUGGCCCUGGUGGUAGGAGGACGAAUGUCCCCAGCAAAUGCAGGUUUGGGAAUGUUAUGGCUAAAGUUCCCCGAAACCUAUAAUGCUUCAGACCCAGAUGACAUUGCAGUGGAGCUUGUAAAUCUGCAGCCUGCUGCUGAACCAGCAACUUUGCGGUGGAGACACAGCACAACUGAAGUGACAUUCAAAGGUGAACAGUACCUGUUUGUGUACGGGGGCCGCUCUGCUCUGGAGCCUGUGCUUGGGGAUUGGUAUUUCCUGCACACUCGAGAACUCUCCAACACUGUGAUUGCUGUUGAGGGUCCAGUCCCAGAAAGCCGCCACUCUCACAGUGCCUGCAGCUGGGAAGGAGGAGUGCUCAUCGCAGGAGGUCUGGGAGCAGCUGAGCAGCCCUUGGGGUCAGUUUUCCUUCUGAGGAAGCUUGAACAUGGCUUUCAGUGGCAGGCAGUAGAGACAUACCCUCCUCUCAUCCCAAGGUAUUCACAUACUGCACAUGUGCACGAAGGAAAGCUUCUGCUCGUUGGCGGGGUGUGGUUUCACACACCCUCCGUGCCAGGCAUCACUGUCAUUGACUUAAGGACUGGCCUCUGCUUGGACUAUGUGAUUAAUGUGGAGCAUCUGGAGUGGCCAUUAAUGCUACACAAUCAUAGCAGUGUCUUUCUGCCAAAUGAGAAGGAGUUGUUGGUUAUUGGUGGUGGUGGUAACUGCUUCUCCUUUGGGACACACCUGAACCCAGAGCCUGUCUCACUGAGCCUCAGCAGCAUCCUGACUGGGACCAAGCAGGGCUGAACUGUGCUGCUGCACUGUGGGGAGACAUCUAUUCACUCAGAGGUCCAAGAUUUCCACAAGGGCUUUGUAUCCAGAAUGCAUUUGGGAAGGUGGGAUCAGGAGGGACAGUUUACAGAAAGGGGCUCACAGCUCACUGGCCUUUGCUUUUGUACAGCUCUUCCUAUUACUAUAAAUAAAGUGCCUGAGAAGCAGCUGCAGCAGAGGGGCUUAGAGGUGAAGUGAGGGUCAGACUUGGUUCAAAAUCUGAACGAAGUCUAACCUGAAUUCAUAGAACCAUAGAAUGGUUUGGGUUGCAGGGCAGAUCAUCCAGUUCCACACCCCUUACAUGGGCAGGGACACUUUCCACUAUCCCAUGUUGCUCCAAGCCCUGUCCACCCUGGCCUUGGACACUUCCAGGGAUGGGGCAGUGACAGUUUCUCUGGGCAACCUGCACCAGGGCCUCACCACCCUCACAGGGAAGAAAUCCUUCCCAAUAUCCCAUCUAACCCUGCCCUCUGGCAGUGGGAAGCCAUUCCCUCUUGUCCUUUCCCUCCAGGUCCUUGGAAAUAGUCUCUCUCCAUCUUUCUUGUAGGCUCCCUUCAGGUACUGGAAGGCUGCAGUUAGGUCACCCCAAACCCUUCUCCAGGCUGAACAAUCCCAGUUCUCUCAGCCUUUCCUCAUAGCUGAGGUGCUUCAGCUACAUCUGGACUUGGUCCAACAAGGUGAUGUCCUUCCUGUGCUGAUUCCUCAAGGCUGGAGGCAGCUCUGCAGGUGAGGUCUCACCUGAGGGGACAGAGGGGCAGAAUCCCUCCCUGCCCUGCUGCCCACGCUGUGGGAUUAGCCGAGCACACAAGAGUUUCUGGACUGGGCCAUGUCCAGCCUCUCCCCCACCAGCAUCCCCAGAUCCUUCUCCCAGGACUGCUCUCAAUGUGUUUAUCCCCCAACCUGGAUUAAUAUUUGGGGUUGCCCUGACCCAGGUGCAGCACCAGCACUUGGCCUUAUUGGACUUAAUGAGACUCCCAUGGGCCCACUUCUGGAGCUUGUUCAGGUCCAUCUGGAUGGCAUCCAGUCCUUCAGGAUGUGGAGCUGCUGGAGCAAGUCCAGAGGAGGCCAUGGAGAUGCUCCAAGUGCUGGAGCCUCUCUGCUCUGGAGUCAGGCUGGGAGAGCUGGGAGUGUUCACCUGGAGAAGGCUCUGGGGAGACCUCAGAGCCCCUUCCAAGGCCUAAAGGGGCUCCAGGAGAGCUGGAGAGGGACUGGGGACAAGGGGUGGAGGGACAGGACAAGGAGGGAAUGGCUUCCCACUGCCAGAGGGCAGGGAUAGAUGGGAUAUAGGGAAGGAGUCCUUCCCUGUGAGGGUGGGGAGGCCCUGGCACAGGUGUCCCAGAGAAACUGUCACUGCCCCAUCCCUGGAAGUGUCCAAAGCCAGGUUGGACAGGGCUUGGAGCAACAUGGGCUAGUGGGAGGUUCCCUGCCUGUAGUAGUGAAGUGGUAUUUGCUGAUCUUCAAGGUCCCUUGCAACCCAAUCCUGUGAUUCCAUGAUGAUUCUCUGACUGACUGCACAUCAUUUGUUGGGUGCAGAGAAAUUGUUCACAUUUGCUUUGGUUUUCUUCUCACCUUGUUUGUUUUCUCUCUUCCAAUAUUUUCAGAAUUUUUUUCUAGUUACUAAAUUGUCUCACCUUA